CCCGUUCCCUUUCCGACAUCUCGCUCUGCUCUGGUGUGGGGUGAAGUGUACAUGAGAAGCAGAAAGCAGCUCUCUUGUCUUUGGAAAGCUUCAUCAGCCAAUCAACUGUAAUCUGGGUUCAGCCGAACUGUGAUGAACUGCUUAUGGCGCGUGCAUUCUUACACUGGGGGCAUAUUUAGAAGAACAAGUCAUGUUAUUGCCAGAAGUACUCCGAGUCAAUGCUAUGCACCGUCGUGGAAAACAAAUUUUGAGCAUGCAAGUGUUAAGACAAUCGAUCUGGAGUUUCUGCUGACACGAUUGCAUGUCCAUUGCUAUUCUUCUGGAAGGAGCACAGGCAGAAAAACUUCUCAGAGACGGAAGUUAGAUUCUGAACCUGAACCGGUUAUGGACAAGGAGAAAGAUGCUUUCUUUGUAGUGCGAAAAGGGGAUAUUGUUGGUAUUUACAAGAGCCUCGCCGAUUGCCAGGCCCAAGUUGGAUCAUCGGUAUGUGAUCCUCCUGUUAGUGUUUACAAGGGAUACUCUCUAUCUAAGGAUACUGAAGAAUAUCUUGUCUCCUAUGGGCUUAAGAAGGCUAUCUAUGCUAUUAGAGCUUCAGAUGUGAAAGAAGAUCUUUUUGGAACACUUACUCCAUGUCAGUUUCAUGAACCAGCUUCUUCCAAGUUUGAGCCUUCUACUAAGAAUGCAUCCAAAAAGAGAUCAAAAGAUAUGCUUGAUUCAGAAAAUGUGGAAAAAAUCACUUCAGGAUCUAUUUCAAUCGAUCCUUUGAAGAAGGUUGCCAAGUUAGAAGGUCAAGCCGAGGCUCAAACAGCAUCAUCUCAUGAUCAGUCCUGCAUUCUUGAGUUUGAUGGUGCAUCAAGGGGAAAUCCGGGAUUGGCUGGUGCAGCAGCUGUGUUGCGAGCUGAUGAUGGAAGUGUGAUUUGUAAAUUGCGUGAAGGCUUGGGAACAGCAACCUGCAAUGUUGCUGAAUAUCGAGGCAUAAUUUGUUUAAAGCAUGCUCUUCAAAAAGGUUAUACAAGUAUUCAUGUCAGUGACUCCAAACUGGUCUGUAUGCAGCAGAUGCAAGGUCUAUGGAAGGUUAAAAAUGAGACUUUGUCCCAAUUGUACAAGGAGGCCAAAAAACUGAAGGAUAAAUUUCUCUCUUUCCAGAUCAACCAUGUUUUAAGGGAGUUCAACUCUGUUGCUGAUGCUCAAGCAAAUUUGGCAAUCAAACUUGCUGCAACAUCGCCGCCGUCAUCAUCUGGCGUCGUCUCCAGUACAGCAGCUGAUCUUGUCGGUGAAGAUGAUCUUGUCUACUCGGACCCACCUGUAACUCCAACUGUUAAGCCCUUGCUGCCCGAUAUUCUUCAGCCACGCGUCGUCGUCUAUGAUGGAGUCUGCCAUCUUUGCCACCGAGGAGUUAAAUGGGUAAUUGAAGCAGACAAGGAUAGGAAGAUCAAGUUCUGUUGCCUUCAGUCCAAGGCUGCUGAGCCGUACUUGAGAAUCAGCGGCCUUAGCAGAGAGGAUGUUCUCCGUCGAUUCUUGUUCAUUGAAGGCCCUGGUUCAUAUCACCAAGCAUCUACUGCUGCAUUGAAAGUGAUGUCAUACUUGCCAUUGCCAUACUCUGCUUUAAGCACACUGCUGAUAACUCCGACUCCCCUCAGAGAUGCUGUGUAUGACUACGUUGCCAAACGACGUUAUGAUUGGUUUGGAAAAAGUGAAGAUUGCUUGGUUUUGCACGAGAAGGAGCUGCUUGAGCGUUUCAUAGAUAUUGAUGAAAUGAUGGAUAAGGCUGAUUAAAUUCUGAAAUCCACCAAUUCUAAUAUUAUCUUGUUUGGUACUCGGCUGCAUGGUUAAUAGUAUGUAAAUUCUUACUUCUACCAGGAUUAUCCAAAACAAAAAUCAACCAGAAGAUGGUGUUCUUUUAGGAA